CCUGCCCAAGGGACCCCCCCCACCUAAGCGGAACACGCUGCGAACGCAUUGCUCCCCAGUUAUAUCUGCCCGUCGUAGAACCGUCGGAACCUCUUUUCAUUUUCCUUCUCCUCUUCGCUGUAUCACGGGGCUAGCACAAGCCACCGUCCACAGCGUACCGCCGCAGACUUCCAGGACGUAGACUCUCCAGAAUCUCACCUCGACAGCUCGCCACCUCCCUCUACAAAUACCCGUCACUCCCCCCUUCGAGGCGAGGAUUAAUAUUCAUAUUUCCCAGCACUCACCACAGUCACUCAUUUCAAAAAGGCGCAAUCCAGCGCGCGAUCUUUACUUACUCCCACUUUAAUCGACACUUCCUCUGCCUGUCACCCCUCCUUCGUUUCUUAGCGAGCAAAAGCUCUAUCCGAGGGUUGUCCUGCUCAUCGUUGCCCUACGCGUGAUCAGGCACCCUCUUCUCGAUCACUAGACGCGCUGUCGUCGUCGUAUGAAUCGCAAUUUGCAUCUGCCCUCAACACUCGGAAUCGAUUCUUGUAGAUAUGAAGGAUAUAUCUUCUGCAUCCAAUAGACACUCUCGAACCUCUCUCAUCUAUCCUAGGAAGCGUCCCUCUCCUCAUGGCGUCUCCAAAGCAUCAAAGACACCCUCAAUGCUACCCACUCAGCAGCCACGCAAGUCCCCUCGUUCAGCCAAAUCCGCACUUCUGCUACAGCGUCAACAGCAGGUUACGGCCCUUCGUAAGGAAGGUGUUCUACUUGAGGAAGAGUAUCGUGAAGAAAUUCGCUGUUACAUGCACGAUAUGGAGCAUUUUACAAUGUCCUCCACUCAGUCUAUGGACCAACAACCGGAGAUCAAGUGGCAUAUGCGGCCUUGUCUUGUCGAUUUCCUCGUUGAGAUCCACUUCACUUUCAGGCUUCGACCCGAAACCCUAUACCUCACGCUCAACAUCAUAGACCGCUACGUUUCACGACGUAUUGUCUACAUCAAGCACUAUCAGCUUGUUGGUUGUGCCGCUCUCUGGAUUGCCGCCAAGUUUGAGGAUGCUAAAGAGCGCGUUCCUACUGUGCAAGAACUUGUGCAGAUGUGCCAUGAUGCUUACGAGGAGUCGGCGUUCAUCCAGAUGGAAGGCCAUAUUUUGUCCACAAUACAGUGGACGUUGGGCCAUCCCACAGCCGAAGCGUGGUUGAGGUUGAUGUGCUGCGGCCCUUGUUUGGAGGAACCCAGAGUGCAGCAUGUGGCACGGUUUCUAAUGGAAAUAACCCUUUUCUAUCGCGAGUUUAUCAAGUAUCCUCCUUCAGGCAUCGCUCUAGCGGCUUUGGCAUUGGCUCGAUACCUCUGUGGUAAGCCUCGGCGUGUGUGGGAAGAAACAGAUGAGUGCUUGGAGAUCGUGGAUCUGUUAGAUGUUCGCCUCGCGAAGCGUGUCAACGAUCUCUCCGAGACCUUGGUGAAGAAGUAUUCAUAUGCGUUCUACUCGAAAGCCGCGACUUUUGUCGUGCAGUUCUAUCUACAAGGCGGUCGCUUUAUCCGCACAACUCUCCCUCCAUUCCCUCUCACUCCUCAACGCACUCGUUCUGAUUCCUUGUCGACCGUGAGCACGCCGAUGAGCUCCACAACUUCAAUGUCUGAUAUUUCAGAUGACUUCCCUCUCACGCCAAUUACUCCCUCUUUACCACCAUCUUCUGAUCCAUUCCAGACGAUGUACAUAUCGGACGACAAGGAGAACGUACCCUCGUCUUUCGAGCCUGUACUGAACAAACUUCGUGUGGACUCUGAUAGUGCGUCAGACCAGUAUCUUCCCCAUGACUUCGUGGUCUUCGGUCGGCCUGCUCUGCACAAUCUCAAUGUUUCUCCUCGGGUUUUUUCGUAGCAAUCGCAUUCCAAGCAACGCAUCUUGUAUUGUCGCAUUCCACAUCGCUGUCUUUCAUUCUCUUGUCCAAAAGUUCAUCAGUCCCUCAAAAUGUAAUAUCAUACGUCUUCACGACGCCUCCCACUCCCACUCGCAACAGUCUUCAGUUUUUGUUUCCGCAUCCUCAAUCAUCCAUGCAUUACACUUUCCCUUGCAAUUUUCCUUUUUUUUCUCAAUCAUCCCCCCCCCCCCCCCAAACAUUCACAAUCCAGAUCACCUCAUCACACGCUUGCACAUCAUCCUCCAUCCUAUUAUACAAGGCUAACAAGGCUAACGUCCCAUAAAAGCAUAGGGUCAUCGAAAUAGAGUUCCAUUACUGGUCAUCAUCCUAGCCUUUUCGUGCAACGCUUCUCGGCUGAACGGACCUAUCCUCUCACCCUAUACCGCGUUUCCUUGUUGAAUCACGACGAAGAUUUUUCCAGUCGUUUACCCUCUCCUUCAGUUACUUCAACAUUCCCUUCUUGUUACUCUAUGCAUCCCACCCCCCCAUAGUAUCUUUCCUCCGAUCCUUCCCGAACUCCCGAUCCUAUCAUUCAACGGUCAAACGGUCUUCCCAGUGACCUCUCGAUGCCACUUAAUUGUGGCUAUCGCGUUCGUUCUUAAAAGUUUACAUUAUUGUUCAAUUUAUGUUAUACCUUUCAUCCGCCAAAGAACACCGCACUUUCCCAAACCAGGACACUCUCAAUAUCUGGUUAUCCCGCUCGGCAGUCUUAGUGCACCAGCGUCUCAAUACAUCGGUAUUCUUACAGCCACCCUACAUUACACUAUUUUUUUUCCACCCGUACAUAUUGUUACCCUUUAUUGUUAUCCACCUCGAACCACAUUUUCCACAAUCCCCGCAAUCUCACAUACCUGUCAACAUAGCUCGUUUUAUCCGCAAUCAAUGUCAUCAGUAGCGUUACUCAAAACUCCGUGUACCGCUCUGGUCCCGUCUGGUUGCUUUUACUUCCGAGUUAAUGCAAGAAUGGAAGAACUGUCGUCCUC